UUUAUAUAUCGUUCUCUCAUUCGUUUUUUUUUUUUUACCCUACUCCUUUAUAAAUACUAUGGAAACCAAUUCACAACAACGUCGUCACUCUCAAUCAGUUGCUGUUACUACUGUUAGUGAUUCUACUACUCAUAUGACAGUACCUUUACAUCGAACUCGUUCUCACUCUACUUCUUCUCCACCACCACCACCACCACCAACCAACGGCACAACUCCGGUAUGUCCUCCUCCUUUGGCCGCUCAUAUCCUUCAAUCAGCCAAAUUGAAAAUCAAGGAAAUUGAAGAUAAAGAUAGUACUGGUUUCUUACAUUAUAUGGACGAUCAAGUUCAUGAUACUUGGAAUGGUGCGAAAUCAGCUGUAGCAGAUGCUCAUCGACGUUUAUUAUAUCUUCACGAAUUACCUAUUGAAUGGCAAGAAAAUGAAUAUGUUUUAUCAGGGUACCGCUUUUAUCAUCAUCAUCAUGAUUGUUUGAAAUCUAUUUUCAUGCUUCACAAUGAAACAAUGAAUAUUCAUAGUCAUUUGAUUGGAUUUAUCUUUUUUUUGAUUUUAUCUAUUUAUAUGGUUAACUAUCAAUUCCCUGAAGCCAGUGCCUUGGAUCGAGCAGUAUUUGUGACAUUUUGUGUAGCUGCUUUAAAUUGUUUGUUUUGUUCAUCUAUCUAUCAUACAUUUAUUUGCCAUUCUCGACAUACUAUCAAGUCUUUCACAGCAACUUUGGAUUAUAUUGGGAUUGCAUUUUUGAUCACGGCUAGUGUCUUGGUGACGGAACAUUUUGGAUUCUAUUGUCAACCUGAAGCCGCUCGUCGUUACAUGGUGUUCACCGGCUUGAUGGGAAGUGUCGGUACUAUUUCACCUUUCUUCAAAUGUUGGGAUACAAAGAAAUAUCGUCCUCUUCGCAUUGCCGUUUUUGUUGCUAUGGCUGUCUCUAGUGCUGUUCCUGUUAUUCAUUUGAUUCGUUUGAAUGGUUUAUCUGCUUCAAUUGAAUUCUUCCAAAUGGCCACUAUCAGUGUCUUGAUGUAUUCUAUGGGCGUAUUUAUUUAUGCCAAACGAUUCCCUGAAAAGAUGUAUCCUGGUAGAUUUGAUUUUGCUGGCAUGACUAGUCAUGCUAUCUGGCACGUCUUUGUUUGUUUUGGUAUUUACUUCCAUUACUUGGCAUCUCUUCAAUUUUAUCAAAGCCGAUAUACUUAUAGUUGUGGAAUGACCUAUUGAUCGCUAUUUUUGGAAGGUUGAACAAAAAAUCAAAAUCGAAUUGGCAUUAUAUCUCCACUCAAUAUGAAUAUCCUUAUCUCAGAUCAAGUUAGAGGAACAAAAAAAAAAAAGAUGGAUUGGCUGAGCCGGGCUCAUUCUUCAUUAUUAUUAUUUUUUUUUUAUAUCUUCAUUUCUUUAUUCCCUUACUAGUUAGACUUUGUUACAACUAUACACACCGCACUCACAACUUUUAUAUAUAUACAACGCUUCAUCAUCAUUACUCUUACUAUUAUUAUUUUAUUCUUAUUUUAUUCUUAUUUAUCAUCGUCAUCUAUCAUCAAAAUACGCAAACACACAUAUAUUUAUGGGUAAGAAAUGUUUUAGAUAUCAUUUAUGACACUACUUCAUCCCAAUUUUUUUUAUACCAAUAAACUUUCUGGCCCUCUGGAGC